AAAAUGGCAUCACAUUGGCGUCUUUCGUACAAUUAGACAUUCUUCACAUAGAAAAUACUAUAUUUAUUGCAUUUAAUUAAAAAAUGUACGGUUUUAUAACUAAAAAUGCCUUUAUUUAUUAAGUUUUAUACGGGAACAGGUUAAAGAUGGGAGGAAAAUGUGUUGUUCAUAUUAUUCGCAAUAGUCUGAUCACAAGUAGUAGUUCUAAUAUUUUCUAACUCUACAAUUAACCGGGAAUAUAUGAAAUUGUGAAUUGUAAUGUAAUUUGUUGAAUUAAAACAAUUAAAAUUGGUUGAAUUUCACCAUGGAAGAGGUACGAGUGUGUCGGAUAUGUCUCGUGAUGGGUGUAAAGUUGUUUGACCUGCAAGCGUUUCCAUGGACUACGUAUUUGGAACCAGUCGUUGGAGUUAACCCGCUGAGUGCAAUGGAUCUACCUCCGUAUGCCUGCUUUGAAUGUGGAACAUUACUCAAAAAGUAUUACCUCUUCCGUGAGCGAUGUAUGCUUGGUCAGUCUCUACUUUAUGGAAUACUGCAGACUGAUGGAAAGAUUACUCCGGAAGAAAUAAAACGAUUAAACAGGCAAGAUCUUAAUCUGAUAUCACCUCUCCAGCUGCAGAGUAUACCGGAAGAAACUAUUAUUAAUAUAACUUACGAUGAGACCCAACAAGAGAUCAAACAUGAGCCAGAUGACGUACAGGAGGAUUUCAACUUCAAAGUGGACUAUGUUAAGGAAGAGGAUAGUUGCGAUGAAUUUCCAUUAGGUGCUCUAUCAAGCGACGACAAUGAACCAUUGUCGUUACAUAGAACAAUCAAGGAGAACAAAACUAAAGAAAAGAAAAAGGUCAAAAGAGGCAGGAAGAUAAAAGAUGAAGCUGCUGAUGAACAGUUAAAGGUAGAGCUAGAACCAACAGACGCGCCUCCAAAACCGAAGCGCGGGCGACCGAGGAAGACAAAGAUAGAAGGUGAGGCGAGUGCGAGCGAGACAGCCAAGAAGCCACGACGCAGUCGUAUCGCAACGGCGGACCACGACGAUAUAGAUCUUGAGGAAUAUUGCACUAUCAUUAAGUUGUCGGCGGAGGAGCAGCUGGAAGAGAUCAGCAAGCGGCAGCAGUCGUCCAACUACCUGAACGCGCCGUUCCAGUGCAACCUGUGCUACAAGGGGUUCAUCGACACGCAUGCGUGGCGGCACCACGUCGGGAAACACGAUCCGAGUGCAGGCGACAUAGAGUGUCCGGUCUGCAAGUUCCGGUUUAAGACGAAGCGCACGCUACAGAAACACGCCGCCAACCACGAGAAGAAAUACGCCUGCAAGUCAUGUUCCUACGUCUCUAAGACCACCACUCAGGCUAAGCAGCAUCAGAGAUGGCAUAAAGGUGUAACGUAUAAGUGUCAGUAUUGCGACGAAGUUUCCAUGAAAUGGACGUCGUAUCUCUCGCACGUCCGCAUCAAGCACCCGUCGGAGUUCAUAUGUGGUAUUUGUGGGUAUUCCUUCGUCAGUCGACUCGGGCUCACCAUGCAUCGCACCAUGAUGCACAAACAACACGCUGAAGGUACGGAGGAGUCCAACUCGCCGCCGGGACCGUACUGCGCGCAAUGCGACGUACAGUUCCAGUCCCUUGAGGCAUACAAGCGACAUAUGGUCACCUCCGUCAAACAUACACAGAGCAACGACUUUACCACGGGGUGUCGCGUGUGCGGCUCCACGUUCCCGUCGGCGGAGGAGCUGCGCCUGCACCACCGCAAGGAGCACGCGCGCAAGCGGCCCAAGAACUACGGCAAGAAGCCCUCCAGCAUCACCUGGCCGGCGCACUGCGAACACUGUGGGGAGGAGAUACCGAACGCGCGCGAGUACUGGACCCACUUCCGUCGCGCGCACCCGGACAAGAGCUACCCCAUACAGAAGAACUACGUGUGCGAUAUCUGCGGGAAGAGCUUCCGGGGCAACGCGUUCCUGGUGUACCACAAGCGCACGCACUUCGGCGAGCGCGCGUACAAGUGCGGCGUGUGCCCCAAGGCGUUCUUCAACCGCACCAACCUGCAGAUGCACGAGAAGACGCACUCCGACGCGCGGCCCUACCCCUGCGACGUCUGCUUCAAGGCCUUCAAGUGUAAAGGCGCCCUCGAUCGACAUUAUCGGAGUCACACGGGCGUGAAGCCGUACGAAUGCGAGGUAUGCGGCAAGGCGUUUGGACAGUCCAACAGCCGCAAGCUGCACGUGCGGACCGUGCACCUCAAACAGCCCGCCCCCUACGUGUCGCGAGCGCGGUUGGAGCGCCGACGACACGGCACAGAGCAACCACCGCAGAUUUACUAGCAUCGCCAUAUGUCCCCACGGGGGUAGACAGAAUACAUACAUAGUACCAUCAUUGGACGACGUGGCUCUUUCGUGAAGAAAUUUUCCUUCGUGGGCCGACUAGUGUCGAUUAAUUUUAUUGACACCCCAUUUGUCCGGCCAAGUAGUUAAUGCCAUAUGCGGCAAUAAGUCACGUCAUAUUAGUUACUCCAUGCUUUAACCUCUCAUAUGCCGAGAUACCAGACACAAUAGAUUUUACAUUGUGUCUGGUCGAGAUCCGCGUUCCGGCGUUCGAAAGAUUAAGGAUCUGUUAAUUAUUUCGAGCUACUUCAUUUCUGUAGGUAGCCUUAGUUUGUAAGAACAGGGGGGUUAAAAAGGCCACAUCGAAGCAAUUCAUCUAAAGAAGCCAUUUUGCUAUUUGACAUUUGUUUGCAUUGCGCACUUACUUUUAUAUGCGCAAAUGUCAAAUUGAAAUAUUGCUUUUUGGGUGGAUUGCUUUUUAUCUUCUGACCGCUAUACCACCGGUAUAAAAAUAUAGGAGUGGGACGUAUCGCGUAUGUGUGUACUACAUAUUAUGCUAUUUAUAUAAGACGAAAAAUAAAAGCAAUAGACACGGUGCGCCAUCUGUUAGAUUGUAACGUAAUAAACUAUACAUUGAUAUUAUAAUGAAGUAUUUUUAGAUUAUUUUUAUUUAAUUAUGUAGUGGUGUUGAUUGCGGCGAACGAAAUUCAAUAUUAGAAAUCAGAAUCAUUUAUUCAACGUAAUUAUCAUGGAUAAAAUUGUUGACGGUCAAUGUAACAUUUUUGAAUUUACGUCAUUUCGCAAGGUGUUAUGGCUGAGGUGAAGAAAUGACAAGAAACUGCAAACUCCGUGUAACUCAAUAUAGCUUAAUUAUAUUGACAGCUGUCAGAUUUUUUUUUGUUAUGGCAAGGGGGUUUGGGGGAGGCCUAUGCCCAGCAGUGGGCGUCGUACGGCUGAUGAUGAUGGAAAGGGGUCGCUUACGCUCGUACUCUAAGAUGUUCAGUCGACUUUUCCUCCAAUCGACUCUGUCUCAGCUGAGAAUUUUGGUAUUUCCCUUUGACAUUUACGUCCUCGACUUUACUCACUGGAGUCGAGCAUAUCAUACUGCCAACAUAAUAAUACCAAAUUAAUGACGUCAUGCCUUACUUUAGUAAAUUAAGGUUGGGGCGCCGCGCGCCAUCUAAGGAUACCGAUUUUGAGCUGAAUUCGAGGGAGAGUAAUCUUACAACCACAUCUGCAGGUCAAAGUGAUCGGAAAACAAACUGAAAAAAAUAUAUACAGGUUGUUAGUGACAUCGUAACUAAUACUGAGGGGGAUGAUUCAGACCAUGAUUCUGAGUUGAUAUCAAGUGAAAUUUCCCGUCGCAAAAUUCAUGAUUUGUUUUUAGUUUUUUUUAAUUAUUUUCAAUUCUAUACUUCUGCGAUGAAAAAUUCCACUUGAUAUUAAUUCAGAGUAAUCAGCUGAAUCAUCCCUCUCAGUAAUCGUUACGAUGUCACUUACACCCCAUACAAGUACAUACGGUAGCUAUACAAAUAGGCACGGGUGUUAGUGACACCGUAACGAUUACUGAGGGGGAUGAUUCAGACCAUGAUUCUGAGUUGAUAUCAAGUGGAAUUUCUUGUCGGAAAAUUCAUGAAAAUGUAUUUUUUAUUAUUUUCCGUUCCAUACUUUUGCGACGGAAAAUUCACUUGAUAUCAACUGAGAAUCAUGGCCUGAAUCAUCCCUCAAAGUUUUCGUUACGAUGUCACUAACACCCUGUAUAUAACGGAGUAUGAUCAAAGUUUGAUAGCUCUAAAAAUGGCGUCGUCUUUCACUUAUGAUUAGUGCAAGACGGAGAUUCAAGUAGUUUUGUUACUGUCGAACUUAAAUGAAAUCGGUCUGCCAGAGUCGGCACUAAUAAGUACUUAAACUGUAAUGUAAUGUGGUAUUUAAGAAUAAAACAAUAAAUUUUAUGUAA